AGUGCAUCGGUCCGUAAGCACGUCGCCGUUGCCGUCGCCGCCGCCGCCACCGUCUGUCGCGAGUCGUUUUUGCUGAAACUUUAUGACGUUCGCUUUGCAUUUCUCCUUAUUAGAUACGUACUAUUCGUUCCGAGCCUUCGUGCAUCCGAAUUCGUUCGUGGAGUGUUGAUAAAAGAAAAGAAAAUUCUAGUGCUUGCGACGAGACUGCGAGGCCAAAGUGUGAAUAUUUUCGUUGUGCUUUGAAAAAGAGAAAAGCGGCUGGAUUUUACUGUCUUUUUUUCUCUCUCUCGUAUAAAGUAUAAAAAAGUGAGUGUGCGUUGAAAAAGAAUAGAUGUAAGCAUCGAGCGAGCAGUGAGAGUAGGCAAAGCAAAGAGCGCAGGGCCAAUACGGAGAGAGGAGCGUGUGCAAGGUGCCUCUGCGCACUGCACUUUGGAUGCUGCGCCAGAGGCUAUAAGCGCACAGCACACGCAUUUGCACGCGAGCUCGCAAAAAAAGCGUAUAUGUACACAUACGCACACGAGCUCCGUGACGCGAGUGCCGACCGCUGCUAUUACUACUGCUAGUAUCUACUACUUUUGUUGCUUCUGCUGCUGCUGUCGAUGUUGUACUACAACGUAUCGUGAUUCCAUGCUAGUUUGUGUUGUAUACGAGUAUACACGCGUUUAUAGGCCGACUCAGUCGUUGGCCUCUCACGUUCAUUCGACUAAACAGUGUUGAGAGAAAUAAUAAUAAUACAACGACGACGGUGUUUCGUGCUGAAGGGGCCGCGCGCGGGUUUCGCGAGUGAUGAUUUUCGGCGAUUUUUUCGACGUUACGAUUUUGUAAAGAUUCUCUCUCCUCCGUAGCUGGAGCCCUGAGCAUCGAGCAGUCGCCUCGACACCAUCUUCGACUUGAACAGCGCGCAGACUAAACAAAAGGUCGGUUUCCAUAUUACACAUUAUAUACAUAUCCAUCGGCGGUUUAUUUUCAAUUUGACCACCUCGUCGCGCUGCGUGCAAGUUCCACAUGUCUAAUAAACGUACCGUUGGCAUAAUUCAAUCCCGUAUAUCCUACGAUCGAGCGUAAGAGAGGCCAGUUAACUUCUCGAAAUUCAUAUACAACGUUGCUGUCGUAAUGUCAUGGUUUCGUAAGAGUGCCAAAUCAGCAGCGAUUUCGAUAUAAUAAUUGAUAAAUAAAGGAUUGCAAUAAAUAUUGUUUACGGGCGAACGGAAUCGGAUCAUCGGUCGUCAUCGUAUACAGUCUCAACCCGAUAUCUAGCAUAUAGAAUGGGCUCGACGCAAACAGCGACUAAUAGCAGAAGAAGCAGCAGCCGCAGCAGCAGUGCAGCGCACUCGGCCUGAGCAGCAGCAGCAGCAGCAACAGCAGCAGCACGAGAGCGCAAGAGUACGAGCGAGAGAGGACUGUGGCGCGCGCGUGUGGCGACGACAUGCCUUCCUCUCAAGCGGCCGCCUCGGAGCGCCGUUCGAGCGCUGACAGAACGGUUCCGCACGAGCCACCCAAAUUAAAGACGGCGCUAAAGACGCCGACGAACCAAGCGACGAAUCCUUUACAAUUCGUUAAAGUUGGACCAUGCUCGCUUUACCGCACGGCUCAAGAGCAGCUACAAAAAGUUCAAAAGGUCGUCAAGGUAAAGCCCGAAGUCAAAGAUGAAGCCGAAGAUUGGCAAUCGAAUUUGGACAAUUGGAAGAGUAGCCGACGAAAACGUCAGGAGCAUAUUAUCGAACGCGUCGUCGAGGUCAAAAAGUUGGAGCUCGAGGAGCACGAUCGACAACGACGCAGAAGCGGCAAAACAUUGUCCGAGAUGAUGGAGAAUCGAGGUCGCAAGCUCAGCUUGAAUCUCUAUCCAGAAGAUGAUUCGAACGAUCUCAGCGAUCUUGGCAUCGGUACCAGUAGCGGUAAAAGCUCCCUCAGUGGUGACGCCCACGACGACAAUCACAGUGUACUCAGUGACCGAGACAGCGAAUUGGACAAAAGUCAAUCGGAUGUAGACAAUGCCAGCGCGGAUAAUGGCACAAGUCUGGCGUUCACGACGUCAUCCACACUCACAAGUAAUAAUAAAGGCUCGAAACAAGAUACUCUGAAUAAUGGCUUUCAUCACAAAGCUCAGCAGCAACAAGAGUACGACUCGGCCACUACGGCCACAGCGAGCUCGCCCGAACCCGACGACUACGACAACGUGCGCAGCUACAGUAAUCCGCCGAGCAACGCGUCGCGCCCUUCGUUCAGUGGACCGUCGCGUCGCUCCAGCAACAUUAGCAAAAUUAGUGACAGUUUUAUCAAAUCUCCGCCGCCGCCGCCGCCAAAGACCCCCACCGAGAUCGCCGGAAACGCUCAGGUCGUCAAAGUCGACAUCAACAAGAGACGCGAAAUAUUUGAAAAAGCCAAUUCGACCGAAAGCAAUGGUGGCAAAAACAACCUUGGCAAGGUCGAAUUGACGAGUACGAAAUCCAUCAAAGAAAGAUUAUCGAUUCUGGAGCGUCAGAAAAGCAACAACGAAACCAGCGAAGCUACCGUAAAGAACACAAGACUUUCCGUCGAUUCAGUCAAAGAUAGAUAUAAUUGGGAUAAAUUGGCCUUGAAUAAAGAAGAUAUUAAAAGCAGAGGCUUGCUCGCCGAGGAGCUGGAAAGUGUUAAGCCCCUGAAGGAACGUUUGCAGACGUUGGAAAAAUUCGCCGGUAGCGGAGAUCAGCACUCGACUCCGGCCGCGCAGCUCAACGGCGAUUACAGUGCCAAAAGUAUCAAAGAGCGGCUCAGUUCGUUGGAUAACGGCCGUCAAGAUGCGGAUUCUAAAAAGACGAACAUCGUUUUCCACGAGCAGCAGCCGCAAAUUCGAGCGGAGAACUCGACGCCUAGCGAACGUAGCUCGUCGCCGGAUUCAGAGUACCGAGCACCGCGAGCCACGUUUCACCAGAGUCUUGAUUCUUUGGACGCCGAUGCCUCCAGUGGCCCUGACACUUUCGAACGUGUUCAGAGUCUCGAGGAGCUCGAUCCAUACCAUCAUCCAACUUCUCGACGUUACCCGACAUCCAAUUCUUCGACGGAAAUUUUGUUGAACGAUGCUGAUCGCGAAGAUUCAGGUAUACUCACGACCGAUAUCAGCUGUUGCACCAGUCAAGCCGAGGAAGCAAUUGAAAACAAUCGACACCAAAAGCAACAAAUUAAUGCCGAGGAGAAGACGGAAUAUCAAAAUGUGACCAAUAAUAUAGAGAAACUAACGGUCGAGCCUGAAAAUUCCGAGAUUAACGCUUCACAUAAUAUUGAGCAAGCGGUAUUGGACGUGAUGGGCAUCGUUGAAAAUACUUCCACUUCUUCACUAUCUUGCUCGGCUGGGAACGCGAUGGUCUGCACUAACGCUAACGAAGCACCUCAAAGCGAUCUCUACUCCUCGACCUCGCGUCCAGUUGUCUAUCAAUCUCCACGUGUUCCCUUCCGUCAGACUCCUCCCGAUUAUCCACCUCCUCCCAAGCCAUCCUACCUUCCUGGUCUCAUCAGUGCUUGCAGUUCCGAGCCGAAGGAUUCCGAGAGUCCGUCGGAUUCUUCAUCGACCAACACCGUCUGCUCGUUGAACGAUUCUCAACAGCAGCUGCCGCAACAAGUACAGCAGCUGGUUAGACCAUUGCCAUCUCCACGUUCUCCGUCUAAAAUUCCUACUCCUCUUCCUAGAAAAAGCCUAAGCAACGGAAGCAGUCCUUCUUCACCGGCGAGAAGUUUACCUCCAUCGCCCGUGAAGCCACGAGUCCUUCCACUUUCGCUGCACAAAGCUUCCGAAAUUCCUGUACCUAUAAGUCCUACCUCGCCGAUUAGUCCGAGACGCGCACUGGUGGAGGUGAUCGGUGAGGAAAAGGUGGUGGUGGAGGAACCCGCACAUCCAUCGUACACUCAAGGGGAGCCGCAGCAGCAACAAUUGCAGCGACCAUUACAGCAGGAUAAUGAAAAAAUCAACGAGGAGUUGGCGGCAGUAGAGCAGCAAGAGAUGGAAAAAGUGGAGGUGGAGAAGGAAGAGGCGGAGGCACUGGAGCUGGCAUUAGAACCAGAGCAGCAACAGCCACAGAUGUAUCAACACGAGCUGCUGAAGGAGCAAGACGAAAAUCUUAUCGAUUUGAAUUUGGAGCCCAGACAGGGCGAAAAAGUCGAAUCGUUGACGAAGCAAGUGGACGAGAUAAAGUUGAAUGCACCGGUAGCGCCGAUACCGGCUGUAAGGCCAACUACCUUGGCUCUCGACAAAACCAUGUCGUUCUGCCCGGACUUUUUGAGUCCGAUGUCGCCGAGUGGAAAACAGAUUUUACCAUUGAGCUUUUCAAGCGAUGAAGAAAUUGUUACGGGUAUGGCGUUUCCAAUGGGACCUCCAACGAGUGGAGAACCACCGAAAGAAAAGCCACCACCACCGCCAGUUGACCUGAGCGACGAAGAUAAUCAACCGAUCGAGCCAUUGAAACGCUUGAAUUCGACUCGUCGCAUCAAGAAAGAAAUCCGCAGUCGGCGUUCUGACUUUUUGGGCAUCGAAAGCUUCAACGACGACGAUCUCGAACGCGAGCUCACACUGACCAAACCACCACCGGACAUGGCCUCGAUCCUCGCCGAAGAACGUCGUAUCGAGCAGCUUCACCGACGCUCCUACGACACCGACAGCUAUUACGAGCAAGAUUCGAGCCACGAGCGCGACUCGGGCGUCGAACUUGGCCAAGCCGAAGACUGGACGAAGCAGCCGGUGAGCCCGGACAUGUCGCAACACAGCCGUCAGAGUAGCGAACCCUUCGGCGCGACCAGUGUCACCUCCUCGGAGGAAGACGAGAUCAGCAAGAAAGAGCGCGAAAUCAUGGAGGUGCUCGAGCGCGAGGAGCAGUGGAGGUACGAAAAUAAUCGCGAAAGAAGUGCCGGUGACGAUAGCAGCGACCUCGGCGAGAAACUCGCUCACAAGCUUCGCGAACUCGAGGAAGAAAAGAUGCAGCUUGAGCGCGAGCGAGCUGGUAUCAUAAAUCAUCAGCCGCAGCAGCAGCAGCAUGAAAUUAGCGAGAAACAACAGCAGCAGCAGCAGCAGCAGCUGCAAGCUCAGCAGCGUCAGCAACGUCAACGCCAGCAGGAACCGAAUCCCGAGACAUUGCGUAUGAACGAAGAAAAUUUGCGUAAGCAGGAGAAAAUGGAAAGUCAACAUCACAAUUCUAUUGAGGAAAUGAAAAAGGAAGAGGUGAGAUUGCUGACUGAACAGCAUCAAAUCAGUCAUAAUGAACCCGAAGAUAAUAGACUUGGCAAACAGGAAAUCGAUGUAAAUAUGCAAGAGAAUAACAAACCAAUGAGCCCAGUGUCGAGCCACGAAGAUGAGUCUUUUUCUUCACACCAGGAAGUUUUACGCGUGGAACGCGAACUGCUCCAACUCGAGCAAGAAGAGCUCAAAAGACAACGCAACAAUUUGGCUUAUCGCGAGCAACAGCAACAGCAUUUGGCUGAUCAGCUGCACGAGCAGUGGAAAUCUAUGCAACAAGAAAACCAACAGCAGCAAUCAGCGGUGCAGACGCGUAACCAUUACAACAGCAACAAGUCUCACGCCGUAUCCGCGGUUGCUGCCACCACUGUAAAUUAUCGAGCAUCCAUGCCGAAUUUACAAAUGCACGAACAUCACGCACCGGUUAUGGGGCCGAGGAGGAGACCGCCACCACCUCCACCGAUACCACCUGCGAAGCCUUUGAGAUUAGUCGAUCAGAGGCAACGAGACGUGACCAUAAGUAAAUUUGACAGAAAUAGUCGCGUACCAUCCGCGAAUUCAGGGACUCGAGUCGAAGCUCCUUUAAGAUCGAGCUGUUCAAACAAUUCUUUGGCCCCUGCGCAACAACAGCAGCAGCCUCAAUUGGGCCAACAAAUGAGCAGACAAACAUUGCAAGCCUUGUCUGCCGCGCCGAGACCCAGAAUGAUACAGAAUGAUCAAUGGGUGCAAAGACGAAAAAGCGAUGUGCCAAGAGGAACUCAUGAUUAUUCAAAUUAUCAACAUUGGGUCAUACAGGAAGCAGAGCAGCGAAGAAUAAACGAAAAAAACCAGCGCAAGCCUCACGCAACCGGGACAACGGCGGUGCCAUACGCUACUCCGGUAACGUCGAUGCGUCCUGCCGACAGCAAACCUUUGCCUGACUCGAUUAUUCAGACACUCACGCAACGCGUUCAAAGUCGAGCCGUGCAAGAGAAACCGCUUUCGCCGAGGCGCAGGCUAGAGCACAGCGCGAGUCAGGAACAUCUUCAGUCACCGCAGCACUAUCAGAUACAACAGACGCACAAACAAGCCAAUUUAAAUCAGUCGCCUACGAACUCUGGCAAUCCAGAAUCACAGGAAAAAAUGUUGAGCGUUAGUGGAAAGAAAAAAUGUUCUCACUGUGGCGAUGAAUUAGGUGAAUAUAAAAGACGAGGAGCAGCUAUGAUAAUUGAAAGCCUAAGAUUAUUUUACCAUAUGGAGUGCUUCAAAUGUUGCGUAUGCCAUGUGCGAUUAGGUGAUGGUCUCAUGGGUACCGAUGUUCGCGUUCGCAAUCAGAAACUUCACUGUCACAACUGUUACUCCAGCGACGACGGUGUCAAAUUCAGCUGUGUGUAAAACCCGGAUCAAGAGCCAACUGAUUCUUCUUCUCAAUUUGUGGCCAAGCUAACUAACUUGAAUGUAUAGCGCAUCUGGCUAUAUAUUUUCUCAAGUUGUAGGUGUUAGUAGUAUAAAAUUCAGUUUCUUUUGUAACGUUUUGUUGUUGGUGUUUUCAAGAAACUUAUGUGGAGAUGUAAAUAGUAUAAAAGUAAAUUAUUGAAUCAAUCAAUAUUUUAAUAGAGAAAAAUGAAGACAAAAAGAUCUUUUGUAUUAAUGUCUCAACUUUUGAUUAUCGCCAUGUAAAUAAAAUGUAUUUAUGUAAUUAGAAAUUAGUGAAUAAGUUGAGAAAUUAGUAUUUAAUUAUCUGUUAAGUAUGGUUUAACCAUGUAAAACGUAAAAUGGUAUCAUUUUAAGAACUAUCAAAGUUUCACAGUGUUUGAUAAAAAAAUUAUUUGCUAUUUGUGUUGUGUCCAAGAAAAAGAAAGCAAAACUGUAUAUUGUUGUAUUAUA